GGCAUUCUGUUCUCUCCCUCCACCACCCUGUCGUCCGAGUGGGUAUCAGCGCCCUCUCCAGGGGGCGCUAGCGAGGAGCUCAGUGAGGGAUUGGAUAAGCCACUAGAGAACGAUGCAGAAGGUGUAUGGAGUCCAGACAUCGAGCAAAGCUUUCAGGAGGCGCUUGCGAUCUAUCCGCCCUGCGGCCGACGCAAGAUUAUCCUCUCCGAUGAGGGCAAGAUGUACGGACGGAACGAGCUGAUUGCGCGGUACAUCAAGCUUCGAACAGGGAAGACACGGACCAGGAAACAGGUGUCCAGUCACAUUCAGGUGUUAGCGCGACGGAAAGCUCGUGAAAUUCAGGUGAAACUCAAGGACCAGACGGCUAAAGACAAAGCCCUGCAGAGUAUGUCCACUAUGUCAUCAGCCCAGAUCAUCUCCGCCACAGCCUUUCAGAACAAGAUGGCACUGCAGGGGCUCUCACGGGCGGCCUACCCAACAGCUGGUGGGUUCUGGCACGGAGCUCACGCAGGACAAACCGCAGGUCCUGAAGACAUCAAGCCCUUUUCCCAACUGAACUUCGUCAUGCAAGGCACCGGCCCACCAUCUAUAACAGGUUACGAGAGCGCUACAGGUCAUUCCAUGACCUCAAAUUCUCCACCCUGGCAGGGUCGAAGUAUCGCCAGCUCUAAACUGCGCAUGUUGGAGUUUUCCGCUUUUCUAGAGCAACCUCAGGAUCCCGACACUGUCAACAAACAUCUGUUUGUACACAUUGGUCAGUCCAACCCUACGUACAGUGAUCCGUACUUGGAGGCCGUGGACAUUCGUCAAAUUUACGACAAAUUCCCAGAGAGGAAAGGAGGGCUGAAGGAGCUGUUCGAGAAGGGACCAGCGAACGCUUUCUUUCUCGUAAAGUUCUGGGCUGAUCUCAGUAUUAACCUCCAGGACGACAGCAGUUUUUUCUACGGCGUCUCGAGUCAGUACGAGAGCGCAGAAAACAUGAUCAUCACAUCUUCUACUAAAGUCUGCUCGUUCGGGAAACAGGUGGUGGAGAAGGUGGAGACGGAGUACGCACGUUUUGAGAACGGGAGAUACGUGUUUCGGAUUCAUCGAUCACCGCUGUGUGAAUACAUGAUCAACUUCAUCCACAAACUUAAACAUCUGCCAGAGAAAUACAUGAUGAACAGUGUACUUGAAAACUUCACAAUUCUCCAGGUGGUAACCAACAGAGACACUCUAGAAACCUUGCUAUGCAUCGCUUACGUAUUUGAAGUCUCAACCAGCGAGCAUGGAGCUCAACAUCAUAUCUACAGACUUGUCAAAGACUGACACUCAGACCCCUGACUUUACACCUACAGAUGCCAUCUAUCCAAUGCCAGAGCGCCCCCUACUGGCCUCAGCCUGACCUUUCUGUGGUUCUGCAAGGGUUGCAGGGGACAUGGCUGCAAAAGACUUUCAAGUACUACUGUUCUGAGGCACAAACAGAAAAGUCUUCGCUACUGGAAUCUUCUGGAAAUCUGAAUGUUUUCAUUAUUGUAUAAUGGAACUGUAAUAGGACAAUGCAUGAAAAAGUUAAUUUGUUUUCAUUAUUUCAUCUCAUAUCAGCCAAAAAAGUGUUUGUGUUCGUGUUUGUUAACACAGUUGUGUGCACUGCACAAAAUCAUUUUCUUAAUCAGUAUUUUUUGUCUUGUUUUCUGGUGAAAAUAUCUAAACAGCCUUACGUUUUAAGCAUAUAUAUAACACAAUUUAGUGAGGUUUAACACAAGAAGAAAAAAAACAAUUGCCAAUGGGCUGAAAAGAUGCAUUCCCUUGCUGAAAAACCAGCUAAAACCAGCCCAGAUAGCACACGUACAUCUCCGAGAUGUCUGUUUAAGAGCAUUUUAUCUAGAAAGCAUCACAAUGUAAUAAACAUCUGCUAAACAUCUUAAAAAGAUCAGAUUUACAAACAUUCUAAAUCAUAAACGUCUCAAAGACAUCUGCUGAACGUCUUAUUGACAUCUGAGAGAAAACGUGUUAUAGAUGUAUUGCAGAUGAGCUAACAACCUAAAAAAUAUGUCUUCCAGGAUGUAAACACUCACAUCAAAUAGACGUGUGAUAGGUGAUGUAUGUGUGCUAUCAGGGAGCCGAUUGGUUGUCUGGUUUUGGUCACCCAGCCUGGUCAGAUAGCACACAUACAUCACUUCUUUUUUAAUUUUUUAAAGUAUUUUUUAGGUUGUUAGCUGAAAAGAUCUAAAACAGACAUCUCGGAGAUGUACGUGUGCUAUAUGGGUACAGUUUCCCUUCAGAUUCAUUCAAGGGGUGGAUUAUGGCCUUUCAAAGUAUUGAAAUACCCGGCCUGGUCUGGCUAUCUCAAUACUGAUCACGGUGCUACAACUUUACUUUGGCUCUGACAGUUCAUUCUCCAGCCAGUAUUUGCAGUAUUCAUAGAUCUGCUGUAUUUUGGAAAAUGGAGUGUGAAAGCUACUUGGUUAUCCGAUCCAAGUUUCAUUUGGCAAGUGGAAAUGAGUCACAAUACAGGGGGAAAACAGUAUCAGUUCCUGCAAAUCAGAAUCCAGGCAUGCACAGUUAGGAUAAUCCUCUCUGAUUUCUCCACUCUGAAUUAAAAACUUCUUGUCUGGAGAACAAAGAGCCAAUGGUGUUUCACAAAGCAAGCUGGAAGCCUAUUGACAAACCACAGAGUAAAUCUUGAAAUGAUGGGACAUAUGAACAUAUUUUCAAUGUGUGAGUAACGAAUUAACUAUCAUGGAGGUCAACUUUUUGCAGAAUUGUUUUUUUUUGGCCCCUAAUCAGAACUAAACAAAAAGUGAAAAACAUAAGUGUGGAAAAAAAAAAAAAAAACUAAAACAAAUGCUAUCUGGGCUGUUGCUAUGGUUACACACUCUCAAGCGAACAACAUUUUUGCUCAUAAGCAUCUUUUUUGGCGUCAGGUGAAAGUGGUUGAAUUAACUUUUGAAAACCUGGUUGAAAAGUUGUAUUAUUAUAAAAUAUACACAGUAUAGCUGACAUAACGCAACACAACGUCUAAUUAAAUAACUACUUUUUCAAUAAAAUUUCUGUCCUUAAAGAACAGUUCAUCCAAAAAUUAAAAUUCUCUCAUCAUUUACUCCCCCAUACAAUGCAAGUGAAUGGUGACCAAAACGUUAAAGCUCCAAAAAGCACAUAAAGACAGCAUAAUAGUAAUCCAUACGACUCCAGUGGUUUAAUCCAUGUCUUGUGUGUUAUAUCAAAAUAUAAUAAUCCUUUUUCACUAUUGUCAUUGCAUCGAUCUAUUGCCUAGGCACGAUCAUCAUUUCAAGCUCGAUUACACGUCCUAGUGCUUGACGCAUGCGCAGAGCGCUAGGAAGUCGACAAGGAGACUGCUGAUGUCAUGAUUUAUAGUGAAAAAGGAGUUAUAUUUUGGUAUGUUUUCACCCAAAAUUGCUUGAAUAGUUUCAUAAGAUAUGGAUUAAAUCACUGGAGUUGCGUGGACAACCUUUAUGCAGCGUAGAAUUAAAAUGAUUUAGUAUAUUUGCUUUUGUUUUGACCUCCUUUUCCCCCUGUGUCUUGCCAACACGCAGGAUACUUUUUAAUGAAGAACGAAAUUGAACCUCAUUAAUAAAUGUGUUGUUGCAACACAUGAAGGAGAGUUAUUGAAAUUACUGCACAGUAAGUUAAAGUUCAUUUUUAGGCUACUUUUUUUUAGUUACAGUUUUUUAAACCAAACAAAUCUCUUUACGCAAUCACUGACAUUUUAUUCGAUUCUAGAGAAGAGGAUGGAGUAAAGGGAUGAGCUCAAAACCAUGGCGCGCGCGUCAUGCGACUUUAUCACACACCUGCGCAAGUUCAGCUCACCUGUGCACACCUGCGAUAGACAAAACGAGAUUCUCCAAACAAAAUGACUUGACUUUUCAGCCUCGGAGUGGGAGCAAACCCGAACUAAUCGCGCAAUGACCGUUCCAUGGAGUUUGCUGUCAAUUCUGGGUUUGAUCUGUUAUUCAGACUCGAGGUGUUCUCCGACAUCUUACUACAAAAACUGCUGGAUCCGCAGGUAUCCAGGACUAUAUGUGGAUAUAGAGGAAUCACAACGGAGAGGAGCACAGAUCCUUAAGGUUUAUCAAGAAGAGACUGCAUUAAAAUGCAGUAGAACAUGCUGCCUGACACGCAACUGUGAGUCCAUGCUUUUUAAUGAAUUAAUUCAUUAUAACUACAGGGUCCCCAAAAGUAUUUGGACACUUAAGUUACACUUAAAUAUAUGUGAUUGCCAUUGCAUUAGACAACAACAUGUCAAACCUUGAAAGAUAGCACACAAGCAUAUGCUUCAAGCAAAACACCACAUAUAAAAAACUACUUUGUUAGGCUUUAAAUGAUAACACAAUUGUAAAGUGCACCAAAUUAAGAUAAAAAGUAUGGUGACAUGUUGUGUCCAUAUUAAAUGUGAUGAACUCCACCUGUGGUUACUCUGCUAGGACAGUUGUGAAAACUUGAUGGUAACUGACUUCAUACAUGCACUAAAAAUCACCUAGACAUUGAGCAAAAUGGCUGAGGAAAGUGAAGUUAAUUUAAAGCAAACUUGAUAUUUCUAAUGCAUUACUUUACAUGCAUGCAUUUUCAGUGUGCCUUAAGUGACUAAAUCUUUUUGGGGUCACUAUACAGUACAAAUACUGCAAAACAAUGUACAUAAAAUAAUACAGAUAGGCAUCAAAUCAUUCUCUAGUUGUGUCAUAUUGCUUAAAAAUGUUUCCAUUUUUGUCUGUGAAAUAAAUGUGUAAUUAAAUAAUUAUUGUUUCAUAAGAUUCAGA